AUGCGACUUCUCCACUUUGACGAGCUGGGAAGGCCCGUCCUGACAGAUUUCCAUGGCAAAACGAUUCCACCCUACGCCAUUCUGUCGCACAGAUGGAGCGGUUCCGAGAUUCUUUUCAACGACAUUCAGAGCGGAGCUUACAGGGAGAAGGAAGAAAGCUAUAAAAAGCUUGUAUUUUGUGCCGAACAGGCAGCUCAGGACAAGCUGCAGUACUUCUGGAUCGACACUUGUUGCAUUGACAAGUGGAAUCUCGCUGAGCUCUCAAAGUCGAUCAACUCAAUGUUCCAGUGGUAUAAAAAUGCGGCACGAUGCUACGUCUUCUUGUCAGAUGUGUCAGUGUCGACCACGACCAAGCCAGCCCAACGCAGCGAUUGGGAGGCGUCGUUCCGUGCAAGCGCAUGGUUUACGCGGGGAUGGACGCUUCAAGAGCUUAUCGCGCCAGAUUCCGUUGAGUUCUUCUCAUGCGAAGGACGACGCAUAGGCGACAAAACAUCGCUCGACCAGCUCAUACACGAGAUCACCAAUAUCCCACUUGCGGCAUUGCACAACUGCCCCUUGGACCUGUUCCCUAUAUCCGAGCGAGAGAGAUGGGCCGAAAAUCGCAGAACAACUGAAGCAGAAGACACUGUUUACUGCCUGCUUGGGAUCCUCGGCAUCUCUAUGCCCACCGUUUAUGGCGAAGGACAGGAGAGUGCACGAAGCAGACUGCUGGCUGAAAUAGAGGCAGGUGAUAACGUACCGUCGAUCAUCCCGUUCUCACGAAACCCCCGCUUCGUCGGUCGAGAGUCACAGCUCGCCAAGCUAGAAGCAAAGCUCUUCACCAACGAACAGACCACUACUACGUUAGCGAUCGUCGGACCUGGGGGAACAGGCAAGACGCAGCUUGCGCUCGAGAUUGCACACAGGACAAGACAGAACAGAAAAAGCUGCUCAGUCUUCUGGAUGGACGCAAGCGACAAAGAUAGUCUCUACCAGUCGUAUGCAAGUGUUGCGCAGAAGCUUGGUGUUCUAGGCUGGGACGACGAUCAGGCCGACAUGAAGCAGUUUAUAAAACGCUGUUUAGUAGAGGUUGGUGCUCGACAAUGCUUGCUGAUCUUCGACAACGCAGAGCACAUCACUCUGCGAUCUAGCAGCUCGACCACGACAGAAGCCGCAGACCUGGUCGACUGUCUGCCGCAGUCUACGCUAUGUUCUGUUAUUUUCACAACAACGAACAGUGACACAGCUCAGGCGCUCGCUCCACAGAACGUCGCAGAGCUGCGAGAGCUGACACUAGACGCAGCGCUAAAGAUGCUGCAAGUCCGCUUAGCGAGGCCACUUGCGAACAUUGAGCAGCAGGAAGCCGAACACUUGCUGGCAGAGCUAUCGUAUCUCCCUCUGGCAGUCAUGCAAGCAGCGGCCUGCAUGAAUGCUAGCGAUAUGGCGGUGCGAGAGUAUCGAUCACGACUGAACAAGUACAGAGAACUCGCUAGCGAACACAGCGGUGACUUGUCUACAUGCAGACUAACUUUACUAGAUUCUAGUAUGAAAGACCCUGUAACUAUUACAACUUUUCUUUCCGUAGACCAAAUAAGUCGGGAUCAAGGAUUCGCUGUAGACUGUCUGUUUCUUGUUGCAUGCGUGGAUCGAAAAGACAUCUCGCUCGAUCUUCUAGAAGCAGCCUCGAUGCAAGCAAGAGAAAAUGCUGUCAAGUUACUUGACAAGUACGCGCUCAUCACUAGGCGACCUGCGGAGUCUGCCCUCGAUCUUCAUCGAUUAGUGCAUCAAUCCCUGCGCGAGCGGCUGCAAAUGCAGCGACAGCUUAUACAGUUCACUCAACGCGCUAUUACACAGCUACUUCGGGUGUUUCCAAACGAUAACUAUAGUAACAGAAGCAAAUGGAGACGACUGCUUCCACACGCCAAGUAUGCUUUGUCGCAUAGUCCGAUAGAUGAUAAUAACGACGAGCGAUGGUAUCUUGCAUGGAAGUGUGCUAGGAGUCUGUCUAGUGACGGACGGUAUGAGGAAGCAGCAGUGCUGCAGGUGCAAGUGAUGCAGACAAGGAAGAAAAUGCUUGGCGACGAGCAUCCAGACGCGCUGAAUAGCAUGGACAAUCUAGCGAGGAUAGUGCUUGGUGACGAGCAUCCAGACACGCUAAACAGCAUGCAUAAUCUAGCGGCGAUAUAUGCGAACCAAGGGCGAUAG